AUGGAGGAUCAAGAACUGUCAAAGUCAUCGAUUAAGAUUCUUACUGAUCCACAACAAGGAGAUGGUGAUUUUGGCAAGAAAUCACCAGCAUCCAUUUUAACCAGGCUCCAUGCAGGCUAUUUCAGAAUAAGUCUCUCUUUUGGGGGUCAUGUGUUGCUAUGGAAAAACCUAAGUGAACAUGUAUACGAAUCACAAGCUAUUCAUGUCAUUUUCCGUAUUCAUACCCUCCCUUCAGUGGCUUUUCUUCAACUCUGUUCGCUUUCGCUAUGCAUUCUCAUUCUUCUCUCUGUUCUCUACAUUUUGAAGUGCAUUUUUUUACAUCAAUCUGGUGAAAGCAGAGUUCCUGCACCAUGUUGGUGUCAACUAUCUUUUCACUCCAUGGAUUUCAUGUCUUGUUUUGCUCCAGACAGCGCCAUUUUGACAAGCCAGAUAUCAGUUAUAGGGAAUUUGGUGGGUGCAUGGACUGCAGCUAGAAUGGGAUGGAAAGAGAGUGAUGUUUGCUUAUUCACACUCGGUUUGGCUCACUAUUUGGUGGUGUUUAUCACGCUUUAUCAGCCAUUAUCAGCGGCUAAUCGUUUCCCAGCAAUGCUCCGGCCAGUCUUCUUUUUGUUCGUAGCUGCACCAAGCAUGGAGAGCUUGGCUUGGAGCUCCAUUUCUGGGAGUUUUGAUAUGCCAUGCAAAAUGCUUUCCUAUCUCUCGCUGUUCCUCUUGUCGUCAUUGGCAAGUUAA